AUGGGCAAUACUGAUUAUGCUCUUGAAGUAUCUGGAGGUUCUAUACUUUCAAUACGAGAUACCCAAGCUUUUCAUUUUGAUUUAGACACAUUUUCAAUGUUCGAUUUGAUACCGUUUUGCCAAUGGCAAAAUAGCCCUCGAUCCAACGAAGUAUUACCUGGACAAUGUUGGGCGUUCAAAGGGUCAACAGGAUCCAUUGCAAUCAAAUUGCUCCAUUCUAUUUAUAUAUCUAGUAUAACACUUGAGCACAUUGCAGCUUAUUUAUCACCGAAUGGCAAAACGACAUCUGCUCCUCGAUAUUUCUCAAUUUGGGGGCUAAAAAGCAUUGAUGAUGAAAAAGGAUUCUUAUUAGGAGAAUUUACUUAUGACAACUGCGCCUCACCAGUACAAAAUUUUCCAAUAAAAGAAAAAACAAAUGAACCUUUCGGAAUAAUUGAAGUAAAAAUUCAUUCCAAUAGUGGACAUCCUAAUUAUACUUGUCUCUAUAGAAUUAGAGUACAUGGCCAACUCGCUCCUUAAGUAAUGAAGAUUUUGUAUAUGCACUGGAACUUCGGAUGCUCACAAUUUAAUCAAAAAUUUUCCACUUAUUUUACAUCAUCUAUUGGUUAUUU